CCCGCUCUCCCCGCCCUGUCCAGCCCCGCAAUACGAGCCCAAGUCUGCAGUAAGAGGUGGGACAUUAUUGCGAACCGACCACAUUCACCUUGAUGAAGGACCUCUGAAUGGUCCGAAACUAGUCGGUACCGACACCGACAAAAACUUCAGAACAAAAUAUGAUAAUAAUAGACAAUGAUGCAGGAGCUGAUGACGCAAUGGCUAUUUUCCUAGCAUUACUUUAUGAAAAAUACUUUGAUGGGCCAAAGGUUAUUGGCUUAACUACUGUAAAUGGCAAUACAAAUGAAGACAAUGUAUCAGUCAAUAACCAGAGGAUCCUCAAAGUAGCUAGACGUCAGGAUGUUCCCAUAUAUAGAGGAUCAGAGGCUUCACUUGUCAUAACUCCAUAUGCAGGUGAUUAUUUUGGCGUAGACGGCUUAGGGGAUAUUGGUGAAGAGCUCAAGGAUUUAGUUGAACCCAGGAGAGAAGGUGCUGUGACUAAACUGAUUGAAUUAUCUAAAACUCACAAAGGAAAUCUUACGGUGGUGACCAUUGGCAGUCUAACAAAUGUGGCUAUGGCAGUCAAAUUAGAUCCAAAUUUCCUAGGAAGGAUUAAACAUCUAUAUAUUGCAGCUGGACACAUACAGAGCGAAGAAAUUCCAGAAGCUGAAUUCAAUGCUCACAUGGACGUCGAAGCCUACCAUAUUAUUGCUAAAAAUGCUGAUCCCGACAAAGUAACAAUACUCCCAUUUUCACAAGUUAUGUCCUCUUUGAACUUGACCAGACAAUGGAGGGAAAAUGUGUUGGGUGCUAUUCCAUCAGAGAUUAUGAGAAUGCAAAAUCAGUACGAAAGAAUAACAUUACCAAAAUAUGAAGUAUGGCACGCCCUCGACCCAGCGAUGUUAGCUGUUGUUCUUAAACCUGAUUUAGUCAAUGAGUAUAAAUAUUCCAAGAACGAUAUAAUUUUAUGUGGAGAUAACAGAGGCAUCAAUACUAAUACGUUUGUAGAUAAGGACGAUGCAAACGUAAGAGUUAUCUACUCGGUGAAAACUGAUGAGUAUAAACAGUUUCUUUUUGAUGUUUUCAACGCUGACACUGAGAAAGUAAAAAAUUAAAACAUU